AUGGCGUAUAACUCUAAGAAUACUCUGGCAAUUCUGGAUAAACUUGAUAUCGACAGUGAAAAGCCAUCUGAAGAAGAGAUUGCAAGAAUCUUCGGGUAUGAAGAAUCUUACCUUGCUGGGGAGCUCGGCCCCUGGCAGAGGAUCAAGCCCAAAGUCUGGGCCCUGUUUGACGAACCUUCUAGUUCACCUUCUGCAAAGGUAACCUUAAACGUCUGUGAUAACACAGUAGAGUAUAGUGGCAUGGUAUGUCUUGGCGUGGUCGUUCGUUCAUUGACAUUCAAAUCCCCGCUGAAUCCAUGGAUUUUUGAAGCUAUACUUCUUUUGGCGCGUUAA